GAAAGCCAAUUCGGUAGAUAUAGACGGUUUCACUCGAAUUGAAAUCAUCAAUCAAUUCAUUAAUCAUUUUGCAUUAGCAUCUUUGUUUGAUAAUAAUCAUGUCCGAAAGUGAGCAGUCAACAAUUCCAUCAAAUUCAAACAUGAUUCAAUCGAAACAAACCGAUAUGAAUGAAUCAAAUGUAAUGAUUUGUUCGUCAUCUAAACAAAUCGAAAUGAAACGAUUGGAAGGAUUUUAUCGCAAAAAGCAUGCCAUCAUGUUUUUAACAACACUUAUCAUGGUAUUAUCAGCUGCCGCUUUUAUUUAUACCCUUGUCACAAAAGAUGAAGUGGCUAAACUAAUUCAUCAAACAAAGCCAGAAAUUUCUGCCGAAAGUGCUGCGCAAGGAUUGGUGUUGAUAAUGGGCAUUCUAAUCAGCUUUAUAUUUACCUAUUCUCUUAUCGGUAUGUUCGGUGCUAUGUAUGAAAGUUAUCCACUUUCACUUACUUUUUUGAUAUUGAACCUUAUUGGUUUGGUUGCUACAGCUUCUAUGGCCAGCUAUACAACAUUUUUUCAUACAUUAUUAUCAUUGAUCAUCGAUGUGCUCUUAAUCGCCCUAACCUAUUUCUUUGUUCAAGAUUUACGAGAUUUACGUCAUUUACCUCAUCCACGUCCAAUAUUAUUGGAAUCAACUGGACAAUCGUGAACUGUUGUUUUUGAAAAUAUGUAUUUUUCAUAAUUUUCAUUUUCCUCAUAUACUAACCAAAUAAAUGAUAAUCCAUUCAAU